AUGUGGCCCGGCCAGGCACAGGGGCUCAAGGUGGAGAAGGUUCUGUAUGACGAACCCACCGAGUUCCAGCACUUGACGGUGUUCGAGUCCGACCCGAGCGGGCCGUGGGGCACCGUCAUGACCCUCGACGGCGCCAUCCAGCUCACGGACUACGACGAGUUUGUGUACCAUGAGAUGCUUGCGAACCUGUCGCUGACGUGCCACCACAAGCCGGAGCGCGUGCUUAUUAUCGGCGGCGGCGAUGGCGGUGUCGUGCGCGAGGUGUUGCGCCACAAGAGCGAGAAGGACGGCACUGUGCAGUCCGUCGAGCUCGUUGACAUUGACGGCGCUGUGAUUCAACAGAGCAAGAUGUACUUCCCACAGAUCGCCUGCGGCUUCGCGAACCCGUGCGUGACGGCGACCGUUGGGGACGGGGCCGCCUUCGUGAAGAACGCGCCGGAUAGCGUGUACGAUGUCAUCAUCAUCGACACGACGGACCCGAAGGGGCCGGCGUCGGAGCUGUUUGGCGCGGACUUCUACGCGAACGUGCUCCGCAUCCUGCGGCCGGGCGGCGUCGUGUGCAACCAGGGCGAGUCUAUCUGGCUGCACCGCCCGUUGAUAGAGAAGAUGAUGAGCUUCCUGAAGAAGGAUAUUGGCUUUUCCACGGUCAAGUACGCAAUGAUCUACAUCCCGACCUACCCAUGCGGCAGCAUCGGCACGCUGGUCUGCGCCAAGUCAGCAGACACGGACGUGACGGUGCCCCUGAGGCCGGUGGAGUCGCUCGGGUUCGCCGACCAGCUCAAGUAUUACAGCAGCGACAUGCAUAAGGCGGCCUUCGUGCUGCCGCGCUUCGCGGCUCACCUGAACGAGUAG